CCACUAUUUCAGUUUGCUUCUGACUUUCAUCCAAUAAUCAAUCGAAGAAAUGGCGCUCCUCGCACAAGCUUGUCUGUUUAUUUUUGUCAUGUUACUAGUAGAAAGUCAAGUUCUGAAGGCCAACCCCAUUCCAAACUACGAAGAACAAGAUGACAUGCUGCUGUACGGAACGGCUCCAUCAACGGAUGUCGAGGAACUGACGCUGAUGGAUUUCGAUCGCUGGACACCGGUGCCAGUGAACUCGACAGACAUGCUUCCAAAUCAGCACAUGGACAACGGAAUGAUCGAUAGGAUGAUGGAGAAAAUACGCGGGUGGACGAAUUCCUCGUACAACACGGUGAAAUCAUGGGGUCAAAAAAUGAAGCGGAAGUUCUGCUCGUACGAGUGCUUUCAACAGUACUCGAGGGUUGCUAAAUUUUGCAACAAGCAGAUGGAUCAACCAGUCGGGCCGAUUGGAUCGGAGCAGUGAAGAUUGAUUAGAAUGUAGUGACUACAAUUUUGACGUUUAAAUUAAUAAAUUAAAUAAAAUAAAUCAAUUUUAUUAGGAUAGGA